AUGCCUAAAGUUAAGAAGCAGUCUAUUAAGACUAAAACUGAAAAAGAUAGAUCUUUUAAACGAGAAAAAAUGCAUUAUGAAGAAUUUAAGGAAGAAAAUAGAAAAAGGGCAAAACACGGUAUGGAACACAAAAGAUAUACUGAUGAAGAUUUUGCAGCAUUACAGAAGGCUCAAUGUGCGAAGAUCAUGAAAAAGAAAAGAGAAAAUAAUGAAGACUUUGCAAAAUCGUCAAAAGAUAAAUCUGCGAAUAUUAUGAAGAAUAAACGAGAAAAUAUGGAGGGGUUUUCAGAAUGGUCAAAAGUUCAAUCUGCUGAGAGCAUGAGAAAAAAGCGCAAAGUUGUUGAAAAACGUGAAGAAGAAAAAGAGAAAGAUCGUUUGGCAAAACAAACUUUAAAGGAAGAACGUGAAAAAAAGAAACAAGAAAAGGCUGAGAAGGUUGCAGAACAAAGAGAAUUACGAAUGAAUUUAUUCUACAAGUGUAGGGAAACUUUUAUGAACGAUUUGAAAGAAAUCAAAUUGAAUAAAAAUCUGAGACAUACGCAAGAAGAAAUCAGUUCUGCUAAACGAUGCAUAGAUUUUAUUAAUCAGAUUCGAGAAGUUCCUAGCAGAGUAUGUUGUUGCUGUGAAGGUCUUUUUUUUAAAAACUAUACAAAAUCUUUCAAUGAACAUACUUUAUUCAUUAAAUAUUGCAAAAAAUUGGGAGAAUUUAAGAAGGAAGGAAAAUCUGACAAAUACGAUAGAAUAGAGUUUAAUAAUACAAGAGAAUUUACAGAAUACAUAACAGGUUUUAAUUCUGAAUUUUUAUGCACGACGUGCCUUAAAAAUCUCGAGAAUGGUCAAAUUCCACUUAUUAAUCCUCAUUGUGGCAUUAAAGUUCCUGAAAUUCCUAAAGAAAUUGAAGAAUUAACUGAUUUUAUGGAGAGGUUAGUUUCACCUGUACUGCCAUUCAUGCAAAUAAGAGAACUGCAACCAUAUGCAGUUAAUCCACAGUUAGGAAUUAAAGGAUCAGUUAUUAAUAUUAUUCCAGGAACAGAAAAAAUGCUUCACGUUCUUCCAAGAAAAUUUAAUGAAACAAAUAUUAUUCAAUUAAAAUUAAAAAGAGAUAUGAGCCAUAAAACUGAUUAUAUGUUUGAAACAUUUUCAGUCGCCAAACUGAUGAAAGCAUUGACUAUUUUAAUAAAUACUCCUUUAUACCAAGAUUACAAAAUUCAAAUUAAUGAAAAGAAUUUUGAAGAAUAUGAUCCUAAUUGUACUGGCACACAGGUAAAUUUUGUUAUAGAUGAUGGCAACAUAGAUCAAGAAAAAAAUGUAAAUGAUGAUGAAAAUGAAUCAGCCACCAACAAAACUAGUUUGAAUAUACAGAAAAUGAAUGUUGAUGAAGAUAUGAUGAAUUAUGAAAAUGUUAACCCUCAAUUUAUAAGAAAAUCUCCUGAAAAACUCCAUGUUGAAACAAACCCAAUUGAAAUGGAUGUAGAAAUGCUUUUGGAAAACUUAAAUACCAAAAUUUCCUCCACUGAUGAUGCGUAUCAGUUUAAAAUAUUUGAUAAUGGAAUUAAAGCAACAUGUUUUGAUGUUUCUAACUUCCAAUUUACUUUAUUAUGUGCCUUCAAUUCAGUUUUUCAUGGUUUUAAUGCUUCUUAUAGAUUAAAUAAUGAUUUUCAUAGAUUUAUUGAAGAGAAAAAAGAUUUGAUUAGUUACUUCAAAUUAAUAUCUGAAAUUUCUAAUAAUUCUGAUAAAAAUGCAAGGAAUCAAUUGUACAUUAAAUUUCUGUUCGAAAAAUCUUUUGCUGGAUUGAAAAUUGAUGAUAAAGAAGUUAAAAAACAAUGUAAAACUAUGGAAUAUGAUAGUGGAAUUAUUUUGGAAAAUUUUCUUUCUCUUGAUGGUAUUACUACACUUCUUCCUUCAUAUAAAAAAUUUGCUAGAUGCAACAAGCUAGAUUGUAACGGCAUAUCGUCUAAUUUCAUUGAAAACUCAUUGAUUUAUGUUCAACUAAACGAAUUUGAAAAUUUAAAUGAAUAUAUUGGUGAUAAGAAUUAUAAGCGUGAUUCGUUUAAUGAGCACAUUAUGCAGUUAGAUCCUUUUAACGAUAUUCCUUUGACAUUUUACGCCAACAAUGAUGAGUAUCAGUUGCUUUUUUUUGUGCAUAAAGAUAUAGGUCACUACACAUCAUAUUACUAUAAGACAGAAGAUGAGAUUAUUUUAAUUGAUGACCUGCACAUAAGUCAUGAAUUUUUGAAUAGAUCCAAUAUAAAUAAAAAUGUCAAUCCAAACUUACUAAUUUAUUUUAAGAAACCAAAAACACAAGAUGUUUCAAUAGAUAUUUCAUUCGAUGUUCAAAGAUCAACAGAUGUUAACUUAAAUAAAUUCUUGUCUAAUGAUAUUUCUCGAUUGAAAGAAUUAUUUUCUGCUGUGGAUAUUAAUGGUGGUUUUAAAUCUGAUGAAUCAAUUUCGAGUGUUGAUACUGAAAUGAUGGAGGAUAUUGAAAAUGAAGAAAAAUUGUACGACGGAAAAGAAGAAUUGCCUCCAGAUAAUCAGUUGGAAGAUAUUUUAAUGUUUAAAGAUUUUAAAGUUGAUGAUAUGUUACAAGGUAAUUUGGAAAUUGAUGUAAAAAUAGAUAAAAGUAUUUUAUUGAAUGAUCAAGUGAAAGCAUUUGCACCUGGACAGGGAAAACAGCCUGUACCAUCACAAAAUAUACAAAAUUAUGAUGAAAUUUGUUUUCCGAAAACGUAUGGAGGUCAUAAAAUGACUUAUGAUAGGAAAAAAAUAAGGUUCACAAGAGUUAUUCGAGCAGAGUUAAGACAUCACAAAAGAAAGCGUAGUCGACCGGUUCUCAUUUUGUUCAAAGUAAAAGAAAAAUAUAAAAGGGAUUUAAAAAAUAGAAUUUCUAUAGCAAUAAGAAAAACAACAAAAGGGAAACAUAUGACUGCAAAAGAUGUUCGAGAUGGAAAGUCUAUAGAUGAUCACAUUAAAAAUAAUAUUGCAUAUUUAAUACUAUCAACUAUUAGAUCUAGCCCUAUGUACUUUAAAAGAGGAAGAACAAAUGCAUUGGCUAUGUUAAAUCAGUUAAACUACCCUACAAUAUUUUUUACUUAUAGUAUGGCAGAAAGUUUUUCUCCUGAAUUAUUACAACAAAUGCAUAAAAACAUUUAUGGUAAAGAAAUUAGUUUAUUAGAGGCUUUGCAAAUGACUCCAGCAGAAAAAGCAAAAUUAGUUAGAGAAGAUCCAGUCUCUUGUGCUGAAUUUUUUAAUCAUAGACUUAAUAGUUUAGGGACAUAUGCAGGAGAUGCUAAAGGUAGUGGUCUGUUGGGUAAAAAUUAUGUCACAAAUUUCAUUCGUCGAAAGGAAGCUCAAGGAAGAAUAGUCAUCAAAUAUGGUGGUGACAAGAUGCUCCUAGAUUAA